UUAAGCGCUGUGUCCUAUCCUCUACCACGCUCUAGGUCGGAUGGGAAAGUGGAGUUAACAGGCUGAAAACUAGAUUGUAGUUCCAUAUAGCGUACUUGAAAAAAGAUUAGGUGCAUUUGCCUUCAGGCAGGUCUAUUUAAUAUUAUCAGAAAUGGCGCUAUUUUAAGAUGAUCAUCCAGGAACAUAAUGUACCCCAAACGACUUGUGAAUCUACCUCCCUCUGUCUCCAAAGCUUUAGUUGAUGUGCACCCCAUUGAAUCAUCAUGAUCGGUAAUAGAAUACGAUUGAUCAUAGUGGUCACAGUGGCAUUGGCCUUACUAUGGCUGUCGACAUGUUCGCUGCAGCGGUUAUAUUACCUUCUCCGAUUACCGUUUGUGUGGAAAACGUCCGCUGCGGAGUCGAUCAUAUCUCAACAACGAGAUGAUUUCGAUAUCACAUUCGCCGAGUACGACGCAGACUACUCCACAUAUGCAACAGGUAUACGGCCCUAUGUACCUCGACGGCUUCAUCAUAUUCACCUCGGAUCGGCUGCACCGCGGCAAGAAUGGCUGGAUGCCAGAGCCGAAUGCCUCCAACAUCACGAACACUGGGAAUCCUUCCUUUGGACCGACGACAAUGCGGACACUUUCGUGCGCGAGAACUAUCCUCACCUUCAUACAAUGUGGACAAGCUACCCGUUCAUGGUACAACGUGUGGAUGCACUGCGCUACAUGGUUCUUCAAAAAUACGGGGGUGCUGUCCUUGACUACGACCUGGCCUGUAAGCGAUCCUUAGAACCAUUGCGCCGAUUCGAGUUCGUGGCUCCAGCCGCCCAUCCCGCCGGAUUCUCCAUUGGCAUGAUGCUCGCCUCCCCGAACAAUCCCUAUGUCCAGGCUCUCGUCAACAAUCUACCAGAAUAUUACCAAGUAUGGCCAUUGCUUCCCUACGCAACGGUAAUGUUCAGCACGGGGUGUCAUUAUGCUUCGUAGGUCCUACUUUGAAUGUGUCAUCACUGUACAAUGCGGCUCACCGUCCCUGCAGAACGAUCUAUACCCUACAACCAAACCGCACCAAUCUUCGCAUCCUAUCUGGCCCAGCAGACCAGCCCAAACUGCACAUGCUAAACGGACUCGUCAACACACCGCUGUUCCAACACCUCGGUUCAUCGUCCUGGCACGGUCGAGAUGCGCAUCUAAUCUCCUUUUUCAAGAACCUUGAUCAGCGUAUACUCUUCGCAGGUCUCGUAAUCGCCUUAGCUGGUACUGGA